AUGGACACUGCCCUCGACACUGCCCCAGCCCCCGCCAUCGACACCGCCCCCGCCCCCGCCCUCGCCCCCAUGAAACUCACCCACUGUGCUGGACUCGGCGCCCUGGCGCUCGCGUCCGCGAACGCCGCGUCCUCGUCCUACGACAAGAGAACCUACUCGACCUUCGACCCCAAGCCCUCCGAGGUGCCCCAGCUCGCCGCCUCCGCCGCGUCCAACCACCGCACCUCGGACGUCCAGGGCGCCGCCGUCCGCCGCAUCUACACCAUCUGGCUGGAGAACACCGACUACGACAAGGCCGCCGGCAACGCGGACCUCGCGUGGCUCGCCUCGCAGGGUAUCACGCUCGACAACUACUGGGCGCUGACCCACCCUUCGGAGCCCAACUACCUCGCGUCCGUGGGCGGCGACUACUUCGCGCUCGACGACGACCGCUUCAUCACCAUGCCCUCCAACGUGUCGACGCUCGUGGACCUGCUCGACACCAAAAACAUCUCGUGGGCCGAGUACCAGGAGCACAUGCCCUACUCCGGGUUCCAAGGCUACAACUUCUCGAACCAGGAGACCUGGGCCAACGACUACAUGAGAAAGCACAAUCCGCUGAUCCAGUACGACUCCGUCACCCAGGACGCGGACCGCCUCGCCAACAUCAAGAACUUCACCGAGUUCUACCGCGACCUCAACGGCUCCACCUUGCCGCAGUGGAGCUUCAUCACCCCGAACAUGACCAACGACGGCCACGACUCCACCAUCAAGGUCGCGGGCAAGUGGGCCCGCAGCUUCUUGGAGCCUCUGCUGUCCAACGAGUACUUCAUGAAGGACACCCUGGUGGUGUUGACGUUCGACGAAAACGAGACCUACUCCAUCAAGAACAAGGUGUUCACCGUGUUGUUGGGCGGUGCCAUCCCGGACGAGCUGCACGGCACCACGGACUCCACGUUCUACGACCACUACUCGCUGAUCUCCUCGGUCGAGGCCAACUGGGACUUGCCCAGCUUGGGGCGCCACGACGUCGACGCCAACGUCUUCGAGCUGAUCGCCAACGCCACCAACAUCACCAACCAAGAGGUCGACACCACCUACAUGAUGAACAACCAAACCUACGUGGGCUACUUUUUGGACGCCCACAUCGACCUCCCAGCUCCUAACGUGACUGCCGUCAACAAGAACGGGAAAGGUGUCUUGCCCGCCAUCGUCGACAAAUGGGCCUCUGCGUACUCGUCCCAGUCUUCGGCCAGUUACUACACCUCCACCACCACCACCCAGUCUGCUGCUUCUUUGACCGAUGCCGUGACUCUGACCGCCAACGCCACCGUGUCGGGCUCCUCUUCGUCUGCCACUUCUGCCAGCGAGACCCAGUCCGUUUCCGUGUCCACGGGCGGCGCCGGCGUGGUCUCCAUGGGGUGGACCUCGAUGUUCGCCAUGGUCGUGGGAGCCCUCUUUGCCUGA